CUGAACCUGAAUGAUGUCAUGGGUAAACUGGAAGACCAGCGGAACAUCAAACAAGAUACAAAGACAAAAACUCCAGCAAAGAGUGAGGCUGCCACCAAUCACACUGCUGAGUCUGACUCCACUCCCAAGACACCGCCCAAGUCCAGACCGUCGGUUCCCCCCGCGCCCCGCCCACCCAGACCGUCGCCGGCUGGAGAGGUUCCACAGGAGGGCGCCACCCACCUGUUUGGGGACGCCACUACGGCUCCCAUGCCAACCCCAUCCCCGACGCCCGACGCUGCCGUACCGGCCCCAUCACAGGCGCCAUCUUGGGAUUCAUGGAAGCCCCCUGCCCCAGAGCCCCAGCAGGACGAGGACGAGGCCGUGCAGCCCGACCAGAGUGCCCACCAGCAGCCCACCUGGGACGACCCGGGCACUGCCAGCGUCGCCAACCAGCAGCCCACCUGGGACGACCCGGGCACUGCCAGCGCCGCCAACCAGCCCAGCUGGGACAAUGAGGGUACCCAGGGGCAGACUUGGGACGACCCUGGCCAAGGUCAGGCGUACGACCAGCAGACCACCUGGGACGACUCGGCAGGAGGGCAGGACCACACGCAGACGCAGGCCGGCUGGGGCGACCCGGGGCAGGAACAGCUGGAAGCUGCAGCAGCAUCUGGAACAUCUGGAGCUGAGUCUGAGUCUAAUGCUGUGACCAAUGGCGCAUCAGAGAGCGGAGAGUUCCCACCUGGAGUUGUGUACAAGGUGAAGGCCUUGCAUGACUAUGCUGCCACAGAUGGUGAUGAGCUGGAGAUGAAGUCUGGGGAUGUGGUCUUGGUGUUGGCCUUCGACAGCCCUGAUGAACAGGAUGAGGGCUGGCUGAUGGGUGUGAAGGAGUCCCACUGGCUGGCCAAUCAGAAUCUCUCGGUCAGAGGCGUCUUCCCUGAGAACUUCACCCAGCGGUGCUAAGCUGGCCUCCGCACCUCCGCAGACGAACACACACACACCCCUCUCACACACACCCCUCUCUCACACACACCUGUCUCUCACACACACCUCUCUCACACACCCCUCUCUCACACACACCCC